CGUCGCUAGCUCGAUCGGUUUUGGGAAUGGCACAGACGAUGAACAACCAACUUCUGUUGACCGUGCUGUCCUUCUCGACUGGGGCUGUGGCCCUGGUCACUCUGGCCCUUGCUGUGGCCACAGAUUCCUGGCUUUACACAGAAGAGGCGAUUGACUAUGUGUUGGAAAAUGUCACAAUAGUAUACGUGGUCAGAACACAUUCUGGACUUUGGAGGGUUUGUACAAUCAACGAGUACAGUCCUGGUGAAGAAGAAUCGCUAUGUGCCAAUAUUGAGUACUACAAACAAGGUUAUGAGCGGAUAGAAAAAGCUAGCACGUCUAUGGCUAUUAUACGAGCCAUCCGACUGUCUGCCCCUUACCCAGUGGUUGCUCUUCUCAUGAUAGUCAUUGCAGCCAUCACCAGUGUCAUCGGGAACAUAAAAGCAGAUGUGAAAACGUUGAUAGGGGCAAUCAUUUAUGUUUUCUCAGGUCUGGCUUUGUCAGUUGGCAUCAUUCUCUACAUAUCAGCUGUCAACGAUGAGGUGGGACAUCGAGCCAAGAUCAUUGGUGUCCAAGGCCCAAAGUUUGCCUACUUCUAUGGCUGGUCGUUCUUCUUUGCCGGAGUGUCCUUCAUCACUGCCGAAAUGGCAGCUGUGUUUGGCAUCUCACUCUACCUGCUGCGCAACUCACACGUCGACGACAUGGUGCGAAUCAUACCAGGCCUGGAGGACAAGGUGGACGGUGACAAUUACCAAGACAAUGUUGGCAUACAGACAACGACGAUCGUUUUAUGAGCGGGAUGCCCAAGUGUUUACCAUGUUGAUGUCGUUUUUUUGAUAUUAUGCGUUUUUUGUUGUUGUUGUUUUUUUUACAAGAAAGCAGGAAAGAAGAAGAAACUCACUGAUGACGGAAAAGAAAGAGAAAGUGAGAAAGGGAAGAGGAGUGAAGGAUGGGGAAGGUGACAGAGAGAGGCAAAGAAGGAGGCAGGGAAAAAAGUGAGGCAAAGAGAGAGAAAGGAGCAAUGAAUCUAUGCAUGUGCAUGUGUGUGUGUGUCUGUGUGUCACUGUUCUGUAUAAUGUUUCAAUGUGGGUGGGUGGGUGUAAGUGUGUGGGCAUGGGUGGGUGUGUGCAUUUAUGCGCCUGCAUAAGUAUAUAUGCAUUUAUUUAACAUACAUAAUAUACAUGUGUGUGUGUAUAUAUACACGUAUAUAUGUGUAUGUUUGUGUGAAAACGUAUGUCUAUAUAUAUAUCAAUGUGUGUGCGCCUGAGUGUAUAACUGCAUGUUUUUAUAUAAAUUACUUUUAAUCUAAAAUUAUA